AUGCCACACAACACUUGCUGGGAGUGGACCGCCGACUUCCUGGCGCUAUUACAAACUUAGGUUGGCAGUGGAUGCAAGCAUGGAAGGAAGCAGACUGUCUUGGAUUCUUGUUGGAUCCUUGAUUUUGGUUGCUGUCUCUCUUGCCAAUUCUGAGAGCGUUCCUAUAGGUAACGACGGGAGACAUAACAACGAUUUUGGAAAAUCUGUAAAUACUAGUAUCGGAGAAGAGGUUGCUCAAGUUCCACAAAAUGCUGAAAAUGCUAAUGAAGACGCACCGUCUGAUGGUUCCAACAAUGCUGCAGACACUGUAGACGAUCCAGAGGAGACGGAAGAUCUUAAUGAUGUCGAGGAAACAGAUUCAGAGGAGACGGAAGAUGUUAAUGAUGUCGAAGAAACAGAUCCAGAGGAAACGGAAGAUGUUAAUGAUGACGAAGAAACAGAGACAAACGACGUUCCUGAUGACGAAACUCAAGAAGAAACUGACGAAGAGGCCACCGAUGGGAGGAAGAGACGAGCAGCAGUUGAUGUACUUAGUGUAAGCUCGCAGGCAAAGUCAAUCGUUGGAAAGUCAUUCAACUUUAACAAUCUAACAAAAUUGACAAAGAACGUUCGGCUAACUUUUGCUGGAAAACCUGUAAAUUUAGCAGCUUUCAAGAUCAACAGCGUUGACAUACAAAAGCUUGACAGGUUUCUAAGGGAUGAAAGUCUGGCUGACAGACUGUACGUCGUGUCUAAACUUGCUGUAAUAGAACAGAAACUAGCUGGAAGAGAAAAGAAGAGACUGACAACGCUUGCGAUUGAAGAUCUUGAUGACCUUGAAGAUGACAUUGUCAUGGACCCCGAAGAUGUUGAUGAACUUGAGAAGGAAAUCGAAGAGGAUUCAUCACUACUUGAUCUCAAUGGGCCGACACUAACAAGUAACACCUUGUCUGGUGCAACAAUCAAAGAUAGAGUUAAACGGAAGGUCAAGGCCAAGUCAUCAUCAAAAUGGCCGACCACUGUGCGAUACAAAAUAACAUCGGAUUUUAACUCAGAUGCGACCAGUAAGCAGGCAAUAGUUGAUGCUAUACAACAUUGGGAAGAAGAAACGUGCCUGGACUUUGUCAAAGUUGGCUUCUACUUUGGACCCCAUCUGAAAUUCAAGAGACUGUCAGGGUGUUGGUCCAAAGUUGGAAAGAAACUUCUCGGUCAAACCAUCUCAAUCGGAAACGGUUGUGGGACGAAAGGGAUAGUAGCACACGAGAUAGGCCAUGCUUUAGGCUUUUGGCAUGAGCAGUCCCGCCCAGACCGAAACAUGUACGUCAACAUCCACUCUGCUAACAUCAAGUCCGGCAAGAGCCACAACUUUAUACGGAGGAGCUGGAAGGAAGCUCUUGCCCUCGGCGUCCCAUACGACUAUUCAUCUGUCAUGCAUUAUCGCACAAACAGUUUCUCCCAAAACGGACAAAAAACAAUCACCGCCAAAGAAUCGGACAUGGAUAGGACAUUAGGGUCUAGAUAUGGUCUCUCCUUCUUCGACGUGAAACUUGCCAAUUACAGAUACUGCAACCAAAAAUGCAGUGGUGGUCUGACAUGGUCUUCAUGCAGAAAUGACGGGUACAGAAAUCCCAAGAACUGUAAUAAAUGCAAGUGCCCGGAUGGAUGGUCUGGAACACUCUGUACUGUUGUGAAACCUUCUGUCAACGCAAACUGUGGGUCCAAGUACCUGACUGCUACAACAAGCUGGAAGACUCUCUCAUCACCCAACUACGCUACUUCCGGGUACCCUGCUAACUCCGAAUGUACAUGGCGAAUCAAGGCGUAUGGAAGUAACAAGAGAGUGAUGAUGCAGUUCACGGACACAUUCUCCUUUCAUUGCUCCACCUCCGCCUGCAGGAACUACAUUGAAGUGAGACAUCAGGAUCUUGCACGAACAGGUCCAAGGUACUGUUGUAACUCUAAACCAACCAAAUAUUUCCGUUCUCAUGGUAACGAGAUGCUGUUGCUGAUGAGAAUAAAUUCAGGUAGCGGAUUGAAAGGAUUUAAAUUGAGGUACAAGAUAGAGUCUUGUGGUGGGUGUAGUACUCCGACCAGUACCUUGGGCUCUGCUUGUCUGGACACACAACCGUAUCAGUGCAAAGGCGUGUAUUACGUCAGAUGUGGGUUUCUCUGGCUCAAGAAAUGCCCCAGAUAUCGUUCAAAUACAUGUUACAAACAAGUGAAGACGUGCUGUUCUGGAUUCAAACUUGUCGGCAGCUAUUGCUACAAGGAGUGGGCAGCGUGGUCAUCUUGGUCUGGCUGUUCCAAGACAUGUGGCGGUUGUGGAACAAGGACUAGAACCAGGACCUGCCUAAAACCUCCCUGCAAUGGACCGAGCAAGCAAAGUCAGGUAUGCAACAAACAGGCGUGCUCCAGCCCGAUUACUGUGUCCAAAGCGUGUACACAGAAGUACAGAUGCGGAGGCUGGUGGUUCAGGAAGAAGUAUUGUAUUAGGUACGUGAAGUGUUACACAUCCAGUAGAUGCUGCAGCGGUCUCAGAGAAGUCAAUGGCCAGUGUGUGUAGAACGGACUGCGGAAUAUGUAUUCUGCAAAUCCAUCUUGUGUAUUUUGUUAUGUUUUUGAUAUUUUUGUACUUUGUUUAUGCAGUUUUGUAUAAUUUAUUAUUUUGAAAUGAUUCGUUGUAUGUGUUCGAGAGUCUAUUUGUUAAUGAAUGUUAGGAAAAACAGGGCCGUGAUGUAUUGACAUUAUGUUUUAUCGUAGAUCCUUUUAAUAUCAUUGUCCUGACAAGUGUAUGUUUUUGUGUUAUUUGAGAAUAAAUAUAUUUGUAUUUU